AUGGCUGAAACAAAUGGUUCAACCAAGCGAAUAAUUGAUUUCGAAGUGCCCGAGGGCCAGAAAAGAAUCAAGUUCGACCAAGAAGAAAGAGCUAAAAAAGUUGUCCAAGAAACAGAUGUGGGAAUAACUCAAUAUGUGAACACAUUGUAUCAAACGAAAGGUGGCUUCUUUGGUAAGAUCAAACAACGGUAUUCUGACUUUUUAGUUAACGAAAUUGACAGCAAUGGCAAGGUAGUUCAUUUACUUGACGAAGGAAUUGACAUCGGAAAGACUAAGAAGGAGAAACGGUUAGAGAAAAGACAACAAGUAAGAGCCGACCUUCAAGGGAAAACUCCAGAAGAAGUUGAAGAAAUCAAACUCUUGAAAAAGGAAGAAGAGGAAAAGAAGCCCAAAUAUGAUUUAAGCGAAGAAAUCCGUGGUAAGAUGUUAGAAUUAAUCACGAGCGACGAGCUAAAGGCAAUCGAGGAAUUAUUUACCACGGGUAAUCAUUUUGAAACCACCACGAAAAUUGAAGACAAGCAAUCUCGUGGUACAUUGCAUCAGUUGUUCCGCUCAGGAUUCCAGAACAAGUUAGAAACCGUUACAACUCCAGAGAACACAUUCAAGAUUCAAAUAGCUAAGAAUGAUAGAAAAGGGGGUAGAAGAAACCCUCAAGAAUCAGUAAACCAUGUCGAUGAAAAUGGUGUGGUUAAUUACGGAUUAGGUCCUUACAAGCACUAUUUGCAUUUCAAUGUAUACAAAGAGAACAGGGAGACCAUGGAGGUGGCUGGUACUAUUGCCAAAUUUCUUCGAAUUCCUUAUAAACUGAUCAACUUUGCUGGUACCAAAGACAGAAGAGGUGUUACUUGCCAAAAGUUUUCCAUACACAAGGGUAAAGUGGUUAGAGUUAGUUCGUUAAAUAAAGGGUUAAAGAAUGCUGUUCUUGGAGGAUUCUCAUAUGAAGAUUCAGGAUUACGUUUAGGAGACUUAAAGGGUAACGAAUUUAUUAUUACCAUUCGAGAUGUGGCACCAUUGAAUGAGAAUGAAGACUUGAACAAUUGCGUCAAAACAUGCUUUGAAUCGUUGAAAGACAAAGGAUAUAUUAACUACUACGGUUUACAAAGAUUUGGAACGUUUUCUGUGUCUACGCACCAAUUAGGAGUACUUAUUUUAAACAAUAAAUGGAAGGAAGCAGUCGAACUAAUUCUUGCUGAACAAGAAGUUGUCGCUCCAGAUUCGAUUGAAGCAAGAAGAAUCUGGGCAGAAACCAAGAACGCUUCGUUCGCGUUAAAAAAGAUGCCACGAAGAUGUCAAGCGGAACAUUCUGUAUUGACCAAAUUAAGCACUGAACCAUUUUCGGGGGACGGGGAGUUCAGUUCCAACUCAUAUUUCAAUAGUAUUAUGGCUAUUCCUAGGAACUUAAGAGUCAUGUAUGUUCAUGCUUAUCAAUCGUAUGUGUGGAAUUCUGUUGUAUCCAAGAGAUACGAAUUAUUUGGCUCCGAAGUGCAAGCUGGAGAUUUGGUUCUAGACGACAAAAAGGCUACCGCGACAGUUGAAGAAGAUAAUGAUGAUGAUUUCAAAGAAGAUGUCUACGAGAGUAAUAUUGUCCGUGCCAGAGCUUUAACUGAGGAAGAGGUCUCUAGUGGGAAGUACACGAUAUUUGAUGUUGUGUUACCUACACCUGGGUUUGAUAUUGUUUAUCCUUCGAAUGAACAAUUGAGAUCGGUAUAUGUUGAUGUUAUGGCGAAGGAUGGUUUGGACCCAUUCAAAAUGGGUCGUAGAGUUAGAGAAUUUUCACUUCCUGGAUCAUACAGAAAGAUUAUGGGCAAGCCAGAAAAUUUAUCGUACCAAAUUGUCAAAUACAACGAUGAGGAUGCCGUGGUUAGAACCGAUCUUGAGUUAUUAAGAGCUCAACCGGAGUCUCUCAAUCGAAUCAUUGAUAAUGAAGAAGGAACAAAGACCGCAGUCGUGUUGCGAAUGCAACUCGGAGUUAGCUCGUACGCCACUAUGGCCUUAAGAGAGUUUAUGAAGGUCGAUACUUCUCGUCUUGGUUCAAGCAUGAACGUUGAACAAGCUGAUUAA